AUGCGCUUACUCGCCACUGGCCGGGCUCUGCGCGCCAGCAGCAGCAGGUGGGCCAUCAAUUAUUCUUCUGGGAGGAGCCUACGGAUCCCGCUCUCGCACCUCCCGGCGCCGUCAACCAUCCCGCGCCGCGAAUGGAGCUUCACGGCCGUUCGCCGGACGAACGAGAAACCCACCGAUGUCACUAAGGGCCCCAUCGCUGGUGGCUCUGCAGCGCAGCCCGUGGCAGCCGAGGUGCAAUCAUUCGAGCGCGACGAAUGGACCAACGUCACCGAUACCAUCCUCUCGCACGUCGGCCGCCGGCUAUACCUGGACGAGAACCACCCGCUGGCCAUCACGCGGCAGUUGAUCGAGAGCCAGUUCCCGCGGCCGACGUACGGCAACUACACUGAGGAGAACCCCGUCGUGACGACGGCCGAGAAUUUCGAUGUGCUGGGGUUCCCCGCGGACCACCCGGGCCGCAGCCGCACCGACACCUACUACCUCAGCGAGAAGCUGGUGCUCCGCACGCACACGAGCGCCCACCAGCAGGCGUACUUCCAGCAGAUCAGCCGCAACGAGCGCACCCGCCCGGAGGAGGUGGGCUACACCGUGGUCGCGGACGUGUAUCGGAGGGAUGCCAUCGACCGCAGCCACUACCCGGUCUUCCACCAGAUGGAGGGGGCGAUGCUGUGGAAGCGGCCCGAGCAGGAGCCGCUGCGGCAUGCCGGCGCGACGGCGGCGCGGAUCCGCGCGGAUGUCGAGCGCAUCCCGGCCCACGACGUCGUCGUCGAGGACCCCAACCCCACCGUGCACCCGCAGCGCAACCCGCUGCAGGCCGAGUUCCACAGUGUCGAGGAGGUCGAGCAGGUCGCCGCGCACCUCAAGCGGUCGCUGGAGCGCAUGGUCAUCAAGAUCUUCACGGAGGCGAGCAAGGCCGCGGCGGGCGCGGAGGAGGAAACCGAGCCCCUGAAGGUCCGCUGGGUCGAGGCCUACUUCCCCUUCACGAGCCCUUCCUGGGAGCUGGAGGUGUUCUGGCAGGGGGACUGGCUGGAGGUGCUGGGCUGCGGUGUCAUCAAGCAGGAGCUGUUGAACAAUUCGGACGUGCCGGACCGCAUGGGAUGGGCGUUCGGGAUCGGCCUGGAGCGCAUCGCCAUGCUCCUGUUCAAUAUCCCUGACAUCCGGCUCUUCUGGUCGCGGGACAAGCGCUUCUUGUCGCAGUUCAAGGCCGGGCAGAUCACCCGCUUCAAGCCCUUCUCCAAGUACCCCGCCUGCUACAAGGAUGUGGCCUUCUGGUUGCCCCCGGGGGCGGCUAGUGGCGGCAGUGCGGCGGGCGGCGCCGUGCCCGUGCACGAGAAUGAUAUCAUGGAGCUGGUCCGCGGGGUUGCGGGCGAUCUGGUGGAGGAUGUGCGUCUGGUGGACGAGUUCACGCACCCCAAGACCAAGCGCAAGAGCAUGUGCUACCGCAUCAACUACCGGAGUCUGGAGCGCACGCUCACCAACGCAGAGACCAAUGAUCUACACGAUAAAUUGCGCCAAGAGCUCGUUAGUCAGCUGGGGGUUGAGCUGCGCAGUGCGAAGCUGGAGGCUUCCCCCCAACAGCCUCCUCAAGCGGCUGCCGCUCCGGUGCCUGCAAAGAAGAUCCAUUAUCCUUUUUGGUUUGGUGGUUCGGCCUCUUGCUUUGCGGCGGCCGUCACACACCCUUUGGACCUUGUCAAGGUUCGAUUGCAAACUCGCGGGCCUGGGGCGCCCACCUCCAUGGUGGGAACGUUUGGACAUGUGAUUAAGACCGAUGGUGUUCGGGGCUUGUAUAGCGGGUUAUCAGCCGCGCUUCUGCGCCAGGUGACCUACUCGACGACGCGGUUCGGCAUCUACGAGGAACUCAAGAACUAUUUCACGACGCCCGGGUCGACGCCUAGUUUCUUCACGCUGAUCGGGAUCGCGUGCGCCUCGGGCUUCAUCGGCGGCUGGACCGGCAACCCGGCGGACGUGCUGAACGUGCGCAUGCAGUCGGACGCGGCCCUGCCGCCGGCGCAACGCCGCAACUACCGCCACGCCUUCCACGGGCUGGUGGAGAUGACGCGCACCGAGGGCGCCGCCAGCCUGUUCCGCGGGGUGUGGCCGAACUCGACGCGCGCGGUGCUGAUGACCGCCUCGCAGCUGGCCUCGUACGACACCUUCAAGAAGCUGUGCAUCGAGCGCAUCGGCAUGUCGGACAACCUGGGCACGCACUUCGCCGCCUCGUUCAUGGCCGGCUUCGUCGCCACCACCGUCUGCAGCCCCGUCGACGUGAUCAAGACCCGCGUCAUGACCGCCAGCCACGGCCACGGCCAGAGCAUCCCCGCCCUGCUGCGCGAGAUCACCCGCAAGGAGGGCUACGCCUGGGCCUUCCGCGGCUGGGUGCCCAGCUUCAUCCGGCUGGGUCCGCACACGAUCGCCACCUUCAUCUUCCUGGAGGAGCACAAGAAGCUCUACCGGUGGGUGAAGGGGAUCGAAUCCGAGGAGAAGCGGUGA